GCCAUUGCAGCAAGUCUGUAUGAUCUGUGACAGCUGUCGAUAGAAUUAUCACACACAUUCGUUAUUCGUUGAACUACAACCAUGGCGAGGCCGUCCGACCAAAGCGUCCACGUCCUCCUGCUCCCAUUCCCCACGCAGGGCCACAUCAACCCGCUGCUCCAGUUCGGCAAGCGGCUCGCCGGCCGCGCUGGCGUCCGGUGCACGCUCGCGGCGACCCGCUUCGUCGUCAGCUCGACGAAGCCGACCCCGAGCUCGGUCCACGUCGCCGUGAUCUCCGACGGCUGCGACGAGGGCGGCCCCGCCGAGGUGGGAGGGAUGGGCGCCCGCUACUUCGAACGCCUCGAGUCGGCCGGGUCCGAGACGCUGGACGAGCUCCUCCGGUCGGAGUCGGCGCUGGGGCGGCCGGUGCACGUGGUGGUGUACGACGCGUUCGCACCCUGGGCGCAGCGCGUGGCGCGGCGGCGCGGCGCCGCCUGCGCGGCGUUCCUCACGCAGACGUGCGCCGUGGACAUCGUGUACGCGCACGCGUGGGCCGGGCGGGUGCCGGUGCCGCCCCUGCCGCUGCGCCCCGAGGAGGCGCGGGGCCUGGCUCUGGCUGGGCUGUCGACCCAGCUCGAGGUGGACGACAUGCCGACGUUCUUGGGCGACACCAGGUUUCCACCGUGCUUCCGGGAGCUGCUGAUGAACCAGUUCCUGGGGCUGGACACCGCCGACCACGUGCUCGUCAACUCGUUCUACGACCUGGAGCCGCAGGAAGCGGACUACCUGGCGUCUACGUGGAGAGCCAAGAUGGUGGGGCCGACCGUCCCGUCGGCGUUCCUCGACAACCGCCUCCCGGACGACGUGUCCUACGGCAUCCACCUGCACGCCCCAAUGGCGGCAGAAAGCAAGGCGUGGCUGGACGCCCAGCAGGCGGGGUCCGUCCUGUACGUGUCCUUCGGCAGCAUGGCGUCGCUGAGCCCGGAGCAGAUGGGCGAGAUAGCCGAGGGCCUCUACGGCAGCGGCAAGCCCUUCCUGUGGGUCGUCCGGGCCACGGAGGCCGCCAAGGUACCCAAAGGCUUCGCCGACAGGGCCCAGGCCACCAGGGGGCUCCUGGUGUCGUGGUGCCCGCAGCUGGAGGUCCUGGCGCACCCCGCCGUCGGCUGCUUCUUCACGCACUGCGGCUGGAACUCGACGGUGGAGGCGCUCAGCGCCGGCGUGCCCAUGGUGGCGAUGCCCGACUGGUCGGACCAGACGACCAACGCCAAGUACAUACAGGACGUGUGGCGCGUCGGCGUGCGGGUGCGCCCGGACGGCCGGGGCGUGGUGAGGAGCGAGGAGGUGGAGCGGUGCGUGCGGGACGUCAUGGAGGGGGAGAUGGGCGAGGAGUUUAGGGCCAGGGCUUCGCACUGGAGCAGCAAGGCCAGGAAGGCCAUGGGCGAGGGCGGUAGCUCGGACGUCGCCAUCUCCAACUUUCUAUCCUGUUUUGGACACUCCGCUCACGUUACCGCUGCCAACUGAUUGAUCAUGGCCGGAUGCACCGUUUUAAUGCCUCGUUCAUUGCUUGUACGGUUUCACCUCUCUCUAUAUACAAAAGAUAUCCUCGUCUCCUG